AUGCCCAUAUUCGGAGAAAAACCGUUCACGUCCAUCACCGUCAAGGUGAACCAGCUCUGUACCCUUAACCGAAACGCCGAUUUGGAAGACGAUUCCAUGGAGCUCUACGUCCCCGACUUGGUCUCGCUCAUCAAGCUCCAGAGCCUGGGCGCGGUGGAGGCGGCACGUGCCAUCCGCAAGAAAAUCAAGUACGGCAACACGCCCGCCGAGCUGGUGUUGGCGUUGGACUUGUUGGAGCUCUUGGUGCUCAAUGCAGGCUCCAAGAUCGGCCAGGCGAUAGCCGCCGACGACAAGUUGGGCGAGCUUUUGAGGGCCGUGGCGUCGGGCCUGGCCCGCUCCGGACUAGGGGGGCCCUACGACGGCCUGGUGGUCCGCAGGGUGCGCGAGUUGGCCCGCGGCUGGAGGCACGAGUUCCAGGAGCUUCCUGGCUAUGGCAACUUGGCCGGCUUGUACAAGGCCAUGCCGCGAAGCAGCGACAAAAACGACAGGAGCAGCGACAGAAACGACAGAAGCAGCGGCAAAAACGACAGGAGCGGCGCCCGCCAUGUCCCGCCGCCACGGCCGCAGACCAAGUCGCCGUACGCGGCCAAGCAGAAGAAGAAAAAGAGCAAGCGGAAGCGCGGCGUGGUCUACGCGGACGAGCAGUACCAGAUCCCGCAGAUCAACUACCGGGCCGAGGCGCCCAAGAUCCGGACCACCAUUGCGGACUGCCACACGCACACGACCGCGUUGGACAACGCGCUCUUGGCGCUCGCGCGCGGCUCCGACCCGAUGGACGACGCCAAGGCCGCGGCGGAGUUCGAGCGGUGCCGCAAGAUCCGCCGCAAGGUGCUCCGCUACUUGCAGUACGUGGGCGCGGGCGACGGCAGCCACAAAAGCAAGGAGGUGCUGGAGUUGGACGACGAGUUCUUGGGCAGCUUGCUCGUGGCGAACGACCAGUUGGUCGCGUCGUUCCACCGCUUCGACGCCAUGUGCGGGUACACGCCCGAAAACCCGGCCCAGUACCACCAGGACGACCGCCGCGACGACGCGUCCGUCAGCUCCGGCGAGAGCUACUAUACGAGCGACAGCGACGACGAAAGUGCGGGCGACGAGAUCGACGACGGCGAAAGUGCGACCGGCGCGGACGACAUUGGCGAAAGCGCGGCCGGCGCGGGAACGGAGAACGACGCGAUCGCUGGCAGAUUGCGGCGCUUGGACGUGAACGACGCCGGCUCCGACACGGACGACGCCGCUGGCCUGGCCGUGCCCGUGCAUCCACGCGACCGCCGCCAAGCACUCGCACGCCCACAGCCAGUCGCGAGACAGGACACGGCGGUGUCCACGGAGAGUGGCGAUCCGUUUGGCGACCGCAACGAGGUGUCGAAGGGGGCCUCCGUGUACUACUGA